CACACUCAGCCCUCCUUUCUCUCACUCCAUCCCCCUCUUCCAACUCCUCCUUUUCCCUCUCCACCGCUAAUUCCAACAGCUGAUUUCCAGAUCAGAGAGAGAGAGAGGAACACGGCGAGACAGUCCAGGGUUGGAGUCGGCUGCAGCAGAAGGAUUUAAAGCGAGCAGAAAUGCGGGGAGAGCGCUGCGAUCCGCCAGCGUCCGUCAUGAAGAUCUGAGCUCCGCCGCCGCUGCCAUCAGCUCCGAGAGGAUGGCUUUCCAUGGAUCCUCUCGGCCAACAGUGUGUGGUAACUUGUUCCCUGGAUCAGACUUAGGCCACAAGUAUUUUUGUGUCAACACCACGACCGGCACUACCUCAACGGGCCUCAGCGCAACACCAAAUCCGACUGGACCCAACGCUCCCGCUGGGACUCCCAGACACCCGGCGUCUCUCGGGGGCAGCGCAGGCGGAGGUGCGGCCAUCCCACAACCUCACAGUAACCCAGCAAGUGAGGUUCCAAGUCCUNCUGAAAUGGAGCCUGAUCGGCCUAUCGGUUAUGGUGCAUUUGGGGUGGUCUGGUCUGUGACGGACCCUCGGGAUGGACGUAAGGUGGCUCUGAAGAAAAUGCCGAAUGUCUUCCAGAACCUGGUCUCCUGCAAACGUGUGUUCAGGGAACUCCGGAUGCUGUGUUUCUUUAAACACGACAAUGUGCUGUCUGCCCUUGACAUUCUCCAACCUCCACAAAUCGACUGCUUUGAGGAGAUAUACGUGAUCACUGAGCUCAUGCAGAGUGACCUACAUAAAGUCAUCGUUUCCCCUCAGCCUCUCACCACCGAUCACAUCAAGGUGUUCCUCUACCAGAUACUCAGGGGGCUGAAGUACCUGCAUUCUGCAGGCAUUCUGCACAGAGACAUCAAACCAGGGAACCUGCUGGUCAACAGCAACUGUCUGCUAAAGAUUUGUGACUUUGGCCUGGCGCGAGUGGAGGAGCCGGAUCCUUCUCGUCACAUGACCCAGGAGGUGGUGACGCAGUAUUACCGUGCUCCAGAGGUUCUGAUGGGAUGCCAGCAUUACACUUCAUCUAUAGAUGUCUGGUCUGUAGGCUGCAUCUUCGCAGAGUUGCUGGGCAGACGUAUUCUUUUCCAGGCUCAGAGCCCCAUACAACAGUUGGAUCUGAUCACUGAUCUCCUCGGGACUCCUCCUCUUCCUGCCAUGGCAUCCGCGUGUGAAGGAGCACGAGUGCACAUUCUUAGAGGACCCCACAAACCACCCUCGCUGUCUGUUCUGUACAUGUUGUCAGAUGGAGCAACACAUGAAGCUGUUCAUCUUUUGUGCCGCAUGCUAGUUUUUGAUCCAGCUAAGCGCAUCUCGGGCAGUGAUGCUCUGUCUCAUCCAUAUUUGGAUGAGGGUCGUCUGCGGUACCACACCUGCAUGUGUAAGUGCUGUUACUCUGUGCCCAGCGGGAGGGUGUACACCCGAGACUUUGAGCCGCCUGCGGAUCGACCUUUCAGCCACAACUAUGAGCAGAGCAUGCACUCCGUCUGGCAGGGCAAAGAGCUCAUCCAUCGUUUUAUAACAGAGCACCAGCAAGGCAAGCGAGUGCCUUUGUGCAUCAAUCCCCAGAGUGCAGCCUUCAAAACCUUCAUUAGAUCCACAGCCUGGCAUUCCUCAAAAGUAUCAAGGAAAGAAGAGAGAUGAGGUGGAUUCUGGGAAAUGUGGAUCAUAGGAGCAAGCAUGCUUUGGAGAUGAAGAUAUGGAUCACAUGCUUUUGAAUGAACUCUCAGCACUCAUUCCAAUUCGACAUGGGGAUUUCUCAGAAAAACAGAUCCACUUAAACGACACUGAUGAAUAAUGCUUUUGAUGCUGCUGAGAACACUUUUAUACUGACUGUGUGCUUGAGGAUUACGGGAAAUAUAAUUUUCCACAGAAAUAAAAAAAAAGAAAAGAAAAUGGAUUGUUGAAUAUGACUAAAUGAGCCAACGUCAAUGUUGUGCAAUACAGAUAUCUGGAAUAAUGCAAAUGACGAGACUGCGCUGACCAUGAUUUCACUAACGGAUGAGAUGACAGUGCCCACAAGUCCAUGGCAUCGCCCGUGCAGCCAUCUUUACUCAGAGAGUAUCUCCAAACUCUGUCCAUAGACUUUUAUCACUGUGUUCUUUUUGCGGGUUCUUAGGUUUUAUUCUUAAACUUCUGAUAACCAAAAGUUCUUAAGUCUUCUUUCUUUGUUACUGCUUCCUCAUUCAAUUGAAUGUUUUCUGUUCGAUAUCACUCAGAUUUUCUAUUAAUUUUUUUCUUUACUGUUAUUG